AAAUACCCAACUCCAGGCUGCAUAUUUUAACGCACCUGUCUGUGAUAUCCGACAGUUCAUAAUGGUGGCCUGAGAGUUUUAAAAAGUCUGUGUGGAAGACAUGUAGCGGUACGCUCGCCUGACUUCCUUGCUGGCAGUGUGUCUUCAGUUCAUUUUCUACUCGCUGACAAUGCCUGUAAAUCACAUGUCUGCGGUGAGCGAGAAGAUGUCGACAGAGCCGCUCUCUGCAGUCGGGGUCCUUUCUUCACACAGCGAGGCUCCAGAUGACUACUAUGUUGUAGCACAAACAACAGAUGGCUCUGACGCUGACCUGUGGAAGGACGGCUUAUUCAAAUCCAAGGUCACUCGCUACCUCUGUUUCAGCAGAAAACCUUUGGUGUUCUAUAGUUGGUUCAUAAUCAUUGGAAACCCAUCUUUUAUCACCGAGCUGACACAGGGCCCUGAUGUUGUCGUGGAUGUGAAGUUGACUGACAUGAAGGACGCAUUGCCAAAGGGCUUUGUUGCAGUGCACGAAACAAUGGACACAAAGGAGCCCGCCAUGAGGAAGAGGCGGCUUUGUGUGAAAAUCAGCCCACGUGCAGCUGCGCAGACGGCCGUAUUUGACAUCCAGAUCGUUGCCAAAUCCACGUUUCAUCUUCUCCACUACACCUGCAUGGGAGAGAUCAAUAAAAUGGGGAUAUGGUAUCGAAUGGGAGAGCUUCCUCAUCUGCAGUCAUCUCAGGGGAGAUUCGGCAGAGUUCAAAAUGAUGUCCCCUCUGACAUUGAAAGGACGACCAGCGGCAGCCCGGAGUGUGAGCACCAGAGGAGCGGCAGCUACACGUUGACAGCCAUGGAUGAUGUACCCUUUGAGAUCACUCCGCGAUUUUAUGAUACACCAAAAGAGAUGCAGCAAGUCAAUUUAAUGGGCAUUACGAUCAAAUCCCUGGCAGAGAUCGAGGAGGAAUUUCACUACAACUUCAGCACAGAGCGAAGCAUUGUUGCAUAACGUUCCUCUGAAUUCCUUCAAUGUGAUGGACCACACGGGUGGACAAAAGCGAUGGCAGAAAACAACAGCGGAUUGAUGAUGUUUUUGGGGGCGAAAGCAUGGCUUUGUACCAGUGACGUGCGGUCCGGGUACGCAAGUGAGGCAGAGCCUCACUGCCCCCUGGUGGUCUUUCCUUUCCACUGCAUGUGAAUAGUAAAAAAAAAACCCUUAUGAUUACAUGAAAGUGUUCCAUUUUAGUUCUAUGGUCCGUGCUUUACGUUGAUUUUCUUUUUCAAUCCAAUAAUUUCAAUGAUUUCAUCAUUGUCACAGUGAUAAGCCAGCGGUCCUCAACUGUUAAAAAUACUAUUUGGAAAUGUAACUCCGCUGACAGGUACCCACUGACUGACAGUCACGUGACGUAGUCAGUGCCUCACCAAUCAGGAACCUCACCGCACGCCACUGCUUUGUACAAAGCACAAAAUGUUCUGAUUUGUAAAACAGUUCCAUGUUGUUGUUGUUUUUUAAAAUGAGAAUAUUGUGAAAUGCUAAAAAUAAAUGCAUUUAUUAUCAAAUUGA